AUGCCAUCCAAAUAUGUUUCAAAAGAUCGCGCUUGGGGUACACGCUACGAUUCUUUGGGCUCCUCUCCCCCUCCUUCUCCACCAUACCGCCAGAUUCAGACGUCACUAGCUAUUCCACACAGUCCACCCACAUCAGUAGCCGCAGGUCUUAGCCAGUCCUCAAGCGGAAAUUUCAUCGUUCCCCAUUCCAACAGUUUCUCAUCUUUGCAGGAAAAGAUGCCACACGAUGCGAGUGUUUUUGUCGGAAGCCUACCAAUUGACGUCGAGCCACCCGAGUUGACACGUUUGCUGCACGAUCAUCUCUCAGCACACACGGAAGUGAGAAAUAUCAAGGUCGUCCGCGAUAACAGGGGCGGAACGUGCGCGUUUGUCCAGUGUGAGAAUGCUGUAACAGCAGCUCGUCUCAUCAACACCCUUCAGUCUUCUCCUCCCCGUCCAUUUUUAGGCAGAAUUUUGCGGUACGAGCCUGCUCGCGCGUUCAGAAUGCUCCUAAUAUCUUAUCGUCGACCAUCCACUGUACAAGAGCUUCCGAUCGAUCCGACGUCGGAUGCUAAUAGUAAGGACACACCGGGAUUGCCUGAUGCAAUCAGGGUUUAUAGAUCGCAAAACUCAAAGUUUUUGUCCCUCUCGUAUAACGCAGAGGCGCGGGAGUUUGAAAAUAAGCUCGCUCGGAGUCCACUUGGUUGUGCCGAUAGUCGGGACGCGUUCGACGGCGCUGGCGUGCUCCUGGAUCCCUUAAACUAUGACGCAGAGACUAUAUUCAAACUCGCGUCAGCGUUUGGACCAGUGGAGCACUUUUCAGUAUAUAACCCGUACACAGAAUCGGAUACGCCUUUCUCUAGUCAAUACCGUCCCUACCCGCAUACGGCGCCUUGUGCACCUGGCAUGGAAACGCAGAUCUGGGAGGUUAAAUGGGGACACAGAGACGAUUGUGUCAACGCUCUGAUGACCUUGCGGCACGCGACAUUCUUAACCGUCAGUUGGGCGCACCAUGCAAUUAUUGCUCCGGGACCCGGCCACGAUUCGCGAUGCGGAAACCUUGAGCAAUUUCCCAAUGCGCGGAUACCAUUCUCGGCCCACCAUCAGGCUACAUCGCAACCUUGCUAUAGGAAAACUGGUGAAAGUCCGCGACAGCAAAAGUGUCUCGAGACAACGAUGGACGUUGCCGAGUUGACAAUGACCCAUAUCCGGACGGAAACAUCCCCAGGCGGUUCGAUUUCACAACCCUGGAGUUUCGCCCACAGUACUCCGUUCAUGCGAGAGUCUAGCACGCCAAUCGCCCUUGGAUCACCUCGCCUUUCUAAUCAUAUCGCAAGGCAGCUGAAGAGUCCCAAGUGGUCUGAGACUGAUUUUCCGGCUCUUGGUAUUCCAAACUCCGGGGAGCGCAUUUCAUUCACGCAUGAGCGGGACACUCGACCUUGGGGAGACCGUGAUAAUGAAGAUGAUGGGUUAGAUGAACUUGAUCAUCUCCCCGAAGGCCCCGCCGUUUCGGAAUCGCCGGCAUCUUCGAGCUCUGUCAAUCCUUCGAGCUUUCCUGCUGAAUCAGAUCCACAAUCGCAUAUCACUAAUGGAUGUAGGCUCUCCACGUCAUUGCCCAUGUCUCCUGUGCAGUCACCAGGCACGAAGAUGAAGGGACAGGGUCAUGCAUUGACUCAUAGUCCAGAAUUCUCCACCUCGUCGAUCGUCCCCCUCACUCCCCCAACAGUCCGAACAUUUCCUCCAGCCCUGGCCAGUCCAACGACUAGAUCUAGUAUUUUGGAAGUCCCCCACGACGACACAUCGACAUUGCAUCGAGAAAAUAUAGGCCCCAACACACCUAAACGUCUGAGUGUGUCGAACGGAAGAGGCGACUAUGACGGGGCAGGGGAACCCCAGAGACAGGUUGAUCCUUCCACUAUCUUUGUCGGGGGUCUGGAGAUGUAUGGUCCUAGCGCAUGGAAUGAAGCAAAGCUCCGGUUACUCUUCGGAAGGUUUGGACACAUUGAAAGCAUUCAAGUAGUCCGUCCAACAAACCAACGGUCCGCGUUUGCGUUUAUCAAGUUCAGUGACAUAGAGGCUAGUGCGCGUGCUGUACGAGAGGAGCACAAUCGCAUUCACGACGGCCGCCAGAUUCGGGUUCAAUUGCGAGAUAGUAAUCCUCCUUCACGUAGUCCGUGGAGGAACGGACGCGGAAGGGGAAGACUGUUGUCCGCUGGAUAUCUCCGGUCAUAUGAUGGCGUCAGUGGCGGGAAAGAUCAUCCUAUUACGUUAGAGAAGCUGGGUACAGUACCGCCAUUCAAACCACUAACGACGAUGCUACUGCCGAGCAAGCCUGGUGACCAUUUCAGCCCGUCGGGGCCUGUGGCGCAGAACGAACCAACUCAUGCAGGAAUGUCAAUAUCAGAUCUGUCAUCACUUUCGUCCAGCACUACAAAAGCAUCAUUCCCUCACCCUGACGUUUCCCGUAACCAGGCUACGUCGGUUUCGCCCGCAUCUAUGGCUUCUGCACCUCCUCCAGUUUCUGUCUCUGGGACCAAUGCUCAGUAUCCCAUGCCGAAUAUGGGAUAUUUCACGCCUCAGCCGUGGAUUCAUCCAUAUCCACAGUACUACCCUUAUCCUGUCUCGUAUAUUCAGAACCAUCCGGGGUUCCCUGUUGUUGCCCAACAAGGAACACAUACGGCUGGAGCGAACGAGGUGAAUAGCGGUGGGCCUAGUGCUUGGCCUGUUGCCCCUCAUUUCUACACGCCUAUGAUCCCUUACAUAGCAUAUCCGGCAAUGCUACCUAACAAUGAUCGUGUGCACUCCAGUGGGCAUGGUGUUCCUCAAAGUGGUGUGCAGCCACCGCUCAAAGCUACUGGGUUUUUUCAAGGAGAGCAAGGUAUGCUGAUACCCGUCUAUCAGCCAGAAGCCCUCCAUCACUAUAUGUCCAGUGCCGAACAAUCCCAUUCGCCGCCCCCGAACGCACCUCCACAAACAUCAGCAUCAGUGAGUUGGCCAUCGGUUCCGCAGGUUUCUACAUAUCCAUAUCCUAGCCACGAACAAUCUGCUACACCUUUGACUUCCCAACCACCUCAGGCGAUUCAUCAGCGUGGCUGGGUCCCAAGCCCGGCAUCUCAUAGAUCACACGCUUCGCAACACCAUGGCCCUUCACAUCACGUCACUGGUCCGUAUAUGCUGCCCGCUAGUUCUACCAAUUCUUUAAGUGGCACGUCAUCGUUCCGAGGAUCACAUCCCAAUGCAUCUCAGUCGAUGCAACAUUUUGGCUAUUGUGGUACGCCGCCCCCACCAAGGCGUUCCGGUAGGCAGGAUUCCAUUCCCCCAAGUCAUCAAUUCCAUCGACUCUCGAAUUCGUGCUCGUUUCCCAGUCAAUAUGUAAAGCCAAUAGCCAAUAGUACGGCUGAUUCUUCGUAUAACCUUGCGAGUGAGGCUUCUUAG